UUAGGGAAUGUUUUGUGAUUCGUUGUCCAAACAGAAUAAAUUAAAAUUCAGUUUAAAAUUUUUGCAUGGCAUUGCGCAGAAGUUACUGAUAAAUACAAGUUGCAGGUGUCACACAAUUUCAUAUCGCUAUCGCUCUAUCAUGGAAACAACAAAACUAGUUUCGGCGUUCGUUCUUGUGAUUUUUUUCGGUAGAUUUUGUUGUGUUGUAUCUACCUCGGAAUCAAAACGUUUUGCCAGAAACAAGGAGUUUGAUGGUUUGACGUGUCCGGUUUCUCAAACGAUUUUUAACGCGGACAAUAAAAUACAAUGCGCCUCGUUGUGUACGGAAGCGUCCUCAUGUGUUGGAUUUUUUCACCAUCCGCAAACAAAGGAUUGUGUUGGUUGCAGUUCCUUUGUCAAAGACGACGCACAGGUAUUGGAGGGUAUGCAGUUUUACGCGUUCGAAGUAUUCUGUGAAAAAUUGCCUGAUAUACCAAAUGGAUGUGUAACUCUCGACAUCGCUGGCAAAAUGUCGUAUCUUGACACUGCUACUGUUUCUUGUAAUGCGGGGUACCAGACAGACCAGACCAGUAUAAAGUGCCAAGCCGACAGAAAAUGGGAACCAGCCUCUUGCGAAAAGAAAGAUGUAAACACAGCUUCUGAUUGCAAAGAAAUAAUUGAUACUACCCCCGAUGCAUUGAGUGGUGUGUAUGAUAUUAACUUGUGGCAUUCUGGACACAAAGUAACAGUUUACUGUGACAUGGAUACCAAGGGUGGAGGUUGGACGGUAUUCCAGAGACGGUAUGAUGGUUCAGUUGACUUUUACCGCUCCUUCACAGAAUAUGACACUGGUUUUGGUACAGCAGAUGGAGAGUUCUGGUUAGGUCUGAAAUAUGUACAAGAAUUAGCCGAGCAAGGACCAACAGAACUUAGAACAGACAUGUCAAAGGCAGACGGAACUGAAGCUUACGAAACAUUUCAAGACUUUGGUCUUUCUGGGUCUGGCUAUAUACUCCAGAUUGGUUCACGCACAGGUACAACAGGUGCUGCUACAUAUGGUUUACAAUACAACAAGGGUUAUCCAUUCACUGCCAGGGAUAGUUCUAAUUCUGGCUGUGCUGUUAAUCGUCUUGGCGGAUGGUGGUACCAUGCUUGCACGUGGGUCAAUCUGAAUGGCAAGUACUACACACCGGGAUCUCAGCACGGAGAUAUGAGUGCGCUCUCUCAUUAUGGAUUUGCGCGAUACGAGUCGAUGCAGACAUCGAAAAUGAUGCUGAGGAGAGUUUAACAUGUCAAAGAAUGAAGCAUGUGAUUGAUUGCUUUUCAAAGCAAUGUGGCAUUUUCUAACAAUGGUCGACUUUGAAACUCUUUUUUUAUUAUUAAUAACGUUGUAAAUCUAGUUGUUUCGUACUUUUGAAUUUGGACAUAAACAUUCGGCACAAUAUCUAUGUGCGAUAUAAUAUUGAUAUUUAUUUUUAAUGUCCCGAUAGCUGUGAAUAAUAUUGUACAACUUUAUUUGUAAUCAUCUUGUACAUAUUAUGUCCGUGAACAAAUAUGUAAUUUUGUUGACAUUCUUUAGGCCUAAAAUAAUGUAUGUUUCCGGUAUCCCGACCUACACUUAAACUCUGCCGUGACUUUGAAUGCUUAUACCAAAAUGAAAUAAGUGCAUUACUAGUAUAUAAUAAGCUAAAAGUUCUACAUCCAUGACUGAAAGGAAAAGCAACAUAAUAUGACAUAAUAUACGCUUUGACAUUAUACAUUUAUCGAGUUUUUCAUAGGUUGAUAUCAGGAUUUAUCAACUCUCAAAAGAGAGCCUUUGGCUCUGUGAAUAUAACUUUUUUUCGGUUGAUAAAUCCUGAUAUCAAUUAAUCUAUGAAAAAGUCAAUAUUUGUUUUAUUACGUAAAUAGAUGUAUAGUCGGUCUUGUUAUUACAAUUGUAUCUUCGAUAUUUAUUUAUAGACCGAAUCAGGUUGAUAUUGUUUUUCCAAGCACCGACUUCGAUCUAUUUUUAUUAUCGUACUAUUUAUAACCCAAGAUAAGUUAAUAUGAUGUGUACUCAUUACUUUUCGAACCGUUUUCAGCCAAUCAAAGAAACGAUAGAAUACAGUCAUGUAAUAAAACAAAUUAGCAAAAAGCCGUAGCGUAGUGACAUACAAUCGACUUUUGUUAUGCUAGUGAUAUAGAGUACAUACACAAUAAAAUGCUUCAUAAAGUUAUUUUUGCAUUUAUAUAAAUCCCUAAACAUUUCGGUCAUAACAAUAUUAUGUAAAAGCCAUGCCCUAAAAUGAAAAGUUGUCCAGCAAAUUAUAAAUACUGUUGCCAUAAGGCAUCAUUGUCAGAAAAGUUCUAAUACGAAUGUUAUAGAUAGUCAUUAUGUGGUAAGAACCUCUCCCUAAACGUGUUUGAGCGUAAUUAAGGUAUUCGCUAAAAGAAACAUCUGUCUCCUGGACUAAUUAGAACAAAAACCAAAAAUUACGUAUUCUAAUAAUUUAGAAUACACUUUCACAAGGAGAAAGGUGUUCCAUAACGUUUGAACAACAUUGAGAUUAAUUUAAGAACUUAAAGACCGAUUACAUAAUGUAAGAUGACUACUGGAAAUAUGUAAUAUUUUACUAUUCAUCAUGUUCAUAAAAAUUUAUAAUUAUCCCUCUUGAAUAGGAAAGUAAACUAUUUCUUUAGAUUCCAAUAUAAGUUUUAGUUUUACCUGCGCAUUUGAUAAAUAUAUGGAUAUUUCAACU